AUGUUCUCUCGGCUCUCCCGACUGAUUGUUCUCGCCAUGCCUCCGAAACCCAUCACCUCUACUAUUCUCUACAUUGGGCUGGUACCUUUUGAAUGGGAUGAGGAGACGAUGAAAUCCAUUGUAAGUGGAACGGGAAACAUUGUAGAUGUGAGACUCGGAUACGACUUUGAAGGCAAGAAUAAAGGAUUCUGCUUUGUUGAGUAUCAAACAGUACGCGAUGCCCAACGUGCAGCGCAGUUACUCGGCUCGGUUGUCAUACUACAGCCUAAUGGGUCGCAAAAACGAUUAAAAAUUGAAGGCUCUAAGGAAGGGCAAAGAACGGGUGUUUAUGAACAAAAAAGAGUUUUAAAUCUAAGUCGAACAAAGAUUCCACAGAAUGUUCGCUUACCUCCAGAAUUAAGUAAUGGAGCCGGAUUAGGAGCAGGAGUAAACAAUAGUGGAGUUCCAACUAUGAAUAGGCUCAAUUCUCCAUUCCCACCAACUCCUCCACAACAGCAACAGAGAUUAAUGACUCCUCCUCCACCAGUAGUUUCAGGGGGAGGAGUUGGUGGAGCUUCCGGACCAAUGGGUUAUGGUGCUCACCAACAAAUGCCAAAUCGAUUAGUCCACGCUUCAAGAAAUUUGCCACACACUGCUUCCUUACCAUUUGCCAAGAAUAGUAAAGUUGACGAGAACUUGAGUAUAGUCACUCCGCCACAAAUGGUUGAGCUUAUUGCAAAUAUGAAGAAUCUUGUAAUGACUGAUCCUCAGCGAGCGUUGCUGAUUCUUCAAGGAAGCUCUAGCUAUGCUUUGUGUGCAGCUCAGGCAUUGUUAUUAAUGGGAUUUAUCGAUAUAGAUGUGAUUUCAGAGAGUCAAAAGGCAGCGUCAUCAGCGUCGUCUACACCACAACCACAAACCCAACCCCAACUUAACACAUCGCAAUACAAUCAACCGAUGCAACAAUCAAUGCCACCACAAUUACCACCACAAUUACCACCACAACCACAUCAAGCACAACAGCAGCAGCAACAGCAACGUCAAGGAUAUUAUAAUGGAAAUAUUCAAUAUGGACAAGCAUCAGCGCCUCAGCCACAACUGCAGAAUGUUUCUGGGUCAAGGUGGCCACACUUACCAGUUGCUACACAAAGGGCAUUACUUUCAAUGGAUCCAAGUCAAGCUCAACUCAUUGCAGAAGCUCUUUCAUUAGGAAAAGUGCAAUUUGACCAGUUGCCAGAUGCAGCAAAGACGCAGAUACAGUAUAUUCGAGAUAGUUAUGGAUUCCCCAGGCUAUAA